GACCUAAACCCUAGCUCUUUUAUACGCAAUCAAAUAAGGGUUUUCAGGUUCACUGCCCUCGGAGACGCGUCAUAGAGAAAACAGACACCAUGCAAAAUUACGCAGCCAACAGCGUCGCCGCCGCCGCUGGCAUGGAGGUUGAUGCCACUGCCGCUCCAGCGCAGCAAAAGCCUGGUCUGUUCGCCCAAAAACCGAAUUUUAAACCCGCAAAGGCGCAUGAAAUCUCCGAUGGGGAAAUCCAAUUCCGCAAAAUGCCUGUUCCCCAACACCGCUUCACUCCAUUGAAGAAAUCCUGGCUCGAAAUCUACACUCCGAUUUAUGAGGAAAUGAAAAUUGAUAUCCGUAUGAACCUCAAGGCCCGCAGGGUUGAGCUUAAGACCCGAUCGGACACACCCGACGUCAGCAACCUCCAGAAGUGUGCCGAUUUCGUGCACGCCUUCAUGCUGGGCUUCGACGUGGUUGACGCUGUGGCGUUGCUCCGAAUGGAAGAGCUUUACGUGGAGUCUUUUGAGAUUAAAGAUGUGAAGACGUUGAGAGGGGAGCACUUGUCGAGGGCAAUUGGGCGGUUAAGUGGGAAGGGAGGGAGGACAAAAUUUGCGAUUGAGAACGCAACUAGGACAAGAAUUGUUAUUGCAGACACAAAGAUUCAUAUACUUGGGUCGUUUGCAAACAUCAAAGUCGCUAGGGACUCUCUCUGCAGCUUAAUUUUAGGUUCACCUGCUUCUAAAGUUUAUUCAAAGCUUAGAGCAGUGACGGCCCGCCUUGCUGAAACGUUUUGAGUCUUUUCUAUCUGUUUAAUCAUUUUUGUCUAAUAUGAUAUGGGUAUUCUGAGGUAUUUGAGUCUGAUGGGCUAUUGAAAUUUUUGGGCGCGUCUAUUAAUACAAAUUUGAUGUGGAAAGGCUUCUUGUUAUGAAUUUACUUUUAUCUGUAUACUUAUGUUUCAAUUUCUCUACUGGUGAUAAGUGCCUGCAUACCUGUUUCUGUCUGGUCUAUAGACUUACCGUUAUUGGUGCUGGCUGUUUCAGCCUGAUUCAGUUUGUGUAAGUAUCAAAGUUAGUUUAUUGGAAUAUGUUGAUUUUCCU